AUGAUAUUAACCAUUUUAAAACGUUUACCUUUACAAGGUAAAACUUUAUUAAUGCCAAAGAUAAGGCCGACACAAAUUGUAAGGCAGUCUGGGGAAUUACUGCCUCCAACUCAGUACGACGUGCCGAUACCGAGAAAGCUUCAUCUGACUUACGUUCUUCGAACUUAUUGGGAAAUUAUACCUUUGUUCCUUGUGACUUGUACAAGUUUGUCAUUUAUGUUCUUCUCUAUCGCCUGGGCCUUUAAGAAUAAGGUGGAUGUAACCUACACAAGCCGUAGUCGUGAGUGCAUAUCUCGUACUAUGAACCUACGGAACCCAUCUGUCCAUAAACUGUUCAUCAUCAACCAGCGCUAUGAGCCGUGGCCCGAGAUGCAGGAUGUACUGGACAAGAUGGUGAUGGCUGAGAAGAGGGCGCUGGUGCGUCUCCAGACAUGCGCUCAAUGA